AUGAAGGGAACAAUGAAACUCUCACCUCCUUUCAGGGAGGAGGAGGAGGAGGAGGAGGAGGAGGAGGAGGAGGAGGAGGAGGAGGAGGAGGAGGAGGAGGAGGAGGUCCCAGGAGAACCCCCUCCCCACAAACUCAAAAUAUGGAAAGAUAAAGACACUGUCCACAGCAAGUUAUCUGGCUGUCAUCCCCCCUCCCUCUCCUCCCCCCUCUCUUCCCCCCUCUCCUCUCCCCCCUUUCCCUUUCUCCCCCACCCCUCCCUCAUCAUCGCACACGCCCGUCUUUCCCCUCCCCACACAAAGAAGAGAAAAAAGUGUCACUAUGGAAACAAGGAGGCGAGAUUCUCAAAGCUCCAGACGCUAAAACCACAGCGCUUCGUGGAUGUUGUGGCACAGACUCCGCCCACCGCCGUCUCUACGAGAAAAGACCCUCGGGAGCAUCUCAUACUCACUUCUGAGACCCCUCCCGGUCCAAACCCGACCCCUCCCGGUCCAAGCCCACGCUCAGGUCUACAGCAGGUCAGAUCCCGCUUCACUUAUUUCAGCACCAUGGAGAGCGGCACCUGGCUUCUGCUGCUGCUGCUGCUGCUUCUGCUGCUUCUGCUGCUGCUGCUGCUUCUGCUGCUGCUGCUGCUGCUUCUGCUGCUGCUGCUGCUGCUGCUGCUGUGGUGGAUGGGAUCGAGACCCGAGAGGAGGUCGCGGUUUGGUGCUUCAGCCAUGACCAAGGGUUUGAUCUUUGGCAAUUAA